AUGCUUUUAAGUUUACUAGUGAUUAUCUAUUUGGUUAAUAAUUCACUAUUGAAAAUUUAUGGAGAUCUUAUAUCUUGUGAUAAACUAAAUUUCAAAUCUAAUAAUGAUCAAAAAACGAUUGUGUGCAGUGAAACAUAUUCAAAGUUUGAUCAUUAUUAUUACUCACAAGUAAUACGUUAUAACCAACCUCUUCCAAUUGUUGAUGUAACUUUUCGUCAAAUCAAUGAUUAUGCUGAAAUUUUCAAACCAUCCUUCAUAAUCAAAUUUUAUGGUAUGCCCUAUGACAAUAUCUUUAUAGGAAUUGAUGGCUUCAUGACUUUAAAACAUUCAAAUGAUGAAUACUCAAAGAUUGGGUUCAUCACAAUGCUUUUAAUUCAUGGCGAUACGAGAUUUCAAGUAGAGAUUGGAAAUAACGAUACCUGA